AGAGACAGCCUCUCGGCGCUCGCAUUUACAUUCUGGCAGACAGUUGGUUAGUGAGGAUCUCUUGGAAAAGUGUCUCUGGAGAAUUGGCACUGCUGGAGAUGGACUUUUUCAACGACUCCUUCAGAACCUCCGUGGGCAGUUCCCUGGAGGACUUGAGUGUUGUGGAAUUCAACGGUGCUCUAACGCUCUCUUACGAGGAACUGACCAACGUAAAUACCGACUAUGCGAGAUUCCUGGGACCUCGAACGCACGCCCUCGAUCUCACGGGAAAUGAUCUAACGGAUCUCUCCUUCCUCGGCUACUUCACGAAGCUCCACACUCUCGUCCUGGACGGCAACACUCACAUGUUCAUCCGCACACUGCCGCACAUCAACGGUUUGUCCACAUUCUGGGCCAACAACUGUAACAUCCAAAACUACCCAGAAUUCAUCGCAGUUCUGGCGGAUCGCUUUCCCAACCUCAAGUUUCUGUGCAUCCUCAACAACCCUGGAGUUCCAUCGUACAUUUCGCGGUCGCGCUUCUAUUCGAUAAUCCUGUACAGGAACUUUGUGAUAAACCGCUUCGCUCUUAUUCAACAUCUGGACGAUUGUCGCGUGAUGGAGAAGAAGAGUUUCUUCCAUAUGGCCCUUUGCUAUUUGUACAGGCGAUCGAGAGCAAACAAGUACCACGAUAAGUCGAUAAAGUUCCUCUUCAGCAACAAGACUUUCCCCAGGAAGAAGUGCACUGUGAGGAUUACUGUUCCCAGACUCAUCUAAACUACGCCCGGAUUCAUUGUGGACUAUUUAAAAUUACUUGUAAGACAGUGGAGAAUUUUAUGAAGUUGAAAUGCAUGAUUUUGAAUGAGGUUUUAAAA